AUGCCGAAUCAGUCACGUCCGACAUUCGAUUUUUGUCGUACUUAUAACGGUUCAGAACCAGCCUCCCAUUGGCUGAAGCGUCUUGAGUUUGAGUUGCGAGGAGAUUCUUGGAGUGGAAUCAUUGCCCCGGAGCACUAUUUGAGCUCUGUGGAUCUACUUCUUAUAGGGGACGCAGCCGAUUGGGUAGAGUCUUCACCAGAAAUCAGUACGCUUUUCGCCGGAUCUCAUACCAGCGAGUCAUUGAAUCGAUUCCUCUCGCUCUUCAAAGAGCGCUUUCCUACCAAGUCUAUCGAGACAAUUCCGACUACCUUUUCGGAAGAACUCGAAGGCUUACAUCAGAAUGCCGAGGAGUCACUCACUUCAUACUAUUAG